CUCAUUUGAAAUUCGUCUCCUUGAUCGUCAUAAACAAUCGUUGAUAAACAUCGUAUCAUUUGUAUACUUUUUCUCGAUAUUCCUUAUCAUCGAGAAAUGCCGGCAAACCGUUUGAUAAUUAUCAGAUCGCCUACGUCACAGUAGUUGAAAAAUAAAACGCAAAAGUUCGGUCUCCGUUUUCGAUCUUGCUGUCUCGUUGUCGAUUCAGGUUUUUCUUUCGAACAACGAUGGUGCGCGCCUGGUACAUGGAUAGUAGCGAUGCCGAUCAACGAUUAGAACAUCACAGGCAACCGCCGGAAUUCGUAUCGCUGAAUCACCUGUUCGCCGUAACGGGCGUCGAAUAUUUUAAGAUAAAUCAUCUCAAUUAUUGCACGGACGCUAUUUUGAAGAAUUUACGAAAACGCGGUUAUACAUAUGAAGAUGAGAUAAUAUGCUCCAAAGAGUGUUUACCAAAUUAUGAAGAGAAGUUGAAAAAUUUUUUCACCGAGCAUCUUCACACCGAUGAAGAGAUACGCUUAAUUUUGGAUGGAUCAGGUUACUUUGAUGUACGAGACAAGGAUGAUCAAUGGAUCCGGAUCGAAGUCAAGGCUGGUGAUUUACUAAUCAUACCUAGUGGGAUUUAUCAUCGUUUCACGUUGGAUACCAAUAAUUACAUAAAAGCAAAGAGAUAUUUUGUGGGAGAGCCAGUUUGGCUGCCAUACAAUAGACCAGUUGAUAACAUGGAAUGUCGUGAACAGUACCUCAAACAAUUGCAAAAAGGAUUUGAGGUACCUUCCCUUUGAUAACUCUAUAGGUUACAUGGGCUUCCAUAAAAAUAUAUUUUAUUAUAUCUUAGUUUAUCAUUUUCUACUUUAUCAUAUCAUUUUUUGUAACAUUUUAAAUAUUAAAUAUAUAUUUGUAUUAUAUAGACAUGAUAAUUAUAUAUAAAAUAUCUCUUGCAAUAUAUUAUAUAUAAAGAAAAUAAAAAUCUACAUAUAUAA